ACGAGCGAUGAGAUAAAAAUAAAGGAGAUUGAUAUGAGUGUCGCAGAAAAAGAAGAUGAAGGGGUACUGAAGGGUGGUGAAGCAAAGGAAAAAGAUGAGAAAAAUGAAGCUAAAGCAAUACAGGAAAAUAAAAUUUCUGAGGAUGUCAAAGAAAGAGUUGUUAAAAUAGAUCAAAAUCCAAAUUUUGUUGAGGAAAAUAGUGAAUUGAAUAAAAAUGAGAAGAAGAAUGAUGUUGAAAGACAGGAUGUUUCAUCAUGUAAUGUUAAUGUGAGUCGUUUGUCAUUCAAGGAAGAGAGCAAUCUCUUCUCUGAUCUGAAAGAGAAUGAAAAGAAGGCGUUGGUGGAGCUUAGAUCAAAAGUUGAAGAAGCAAUUAGUGAAAAUCAGUUGUUCAAGGCAAAGGAAAAUGAUAUUAAAGAGCAAAAUAAGGAAAAAUCAUCAGAAAAUGCUGAAAAGGAAAUGGAGAAACCAAAAGAAAAUGAAGGUAGAGAAGAUGACAAAGAUGAGGGUAGCAAGGCAAAUUCAUCCAUAGACGAACCUGAGAAAGAGAAAAAUAUUGGACAAGAAAGUGAAGAGAAAAAUCUAAAAUCCGUGAAAGAUGACAUGGCAGAGGAAAGAGAUGUUAUGCAGGAAGGCGUGGAAAAAGAAAGGGUCAUUGCAGAGGCUGAAAAGAAGAAAAUGCUAGAGGCUAUUGAAGGAAAAGAGGAUUGUAUUGAUAAAGAUAUUAAACUUUGGGGUGUACCAUUAUCGCCAAGUAAGGGAUGGAAUGCAACCGAUGCUGUGCUCUUGAAAUUCUUGAGGGCUAGAGAUUUUAAAGUGAUUGAUGCCUUCGAGAUGUUGAGGAACACCCUUCAAUGGAGAAAAGAAAAUAAUAUGGAUUCGAUCUUAGAUGAAGAUCUUGGCAACGAGUUUCACUCCACAGCAUACCUCAAUGGCAGCGAUCGCCAAGGCCAUCCGGUAUGUUACAACGUUUUUGGGGUGCUUAGUGAUGAGGAGAUGUAUAAUAAAACAUUGGGGACUGAAGAGAAUCGUGAGAAGUUUCUAAGGUGGAGAUUGCAACUGAUGGAGGAGGGAAUUGAAAAACUUGAUUUUUAUGGUGGUGUCUCAUCUUUGCUGCAAAUCAGUGAUCUCAAGAACACCCCAGGACCCUCAAAGAAGGAAGUUCGUCUUAUCAUGAAACAAGUCGUUGGUCUUCUCCAGGAUAACUAUCCUGAAUUUGUUGUUAAAAAUAUCUUUAUCAAUGUUCCUUUCUGGUAUUACGCAUUUGCUGCCCUCUUAUCACCUUUCUUAACCCAAAGAACCAAGAGCAAAUUUGUCUAUGCUAGGCCAGCAAAGGUCACUGAAACCCUUCUCAAGUAUAUUGACGCAGAAGAAAUACCAGUUAGCUAUGGUGGGCUUAAACGUGACAACGAUUCUGACUUCUCUACCGAAGACCAUGCAGAGGAAAUUCUAGUCAAAGCAAGCUCAACAGAAACAAUCGAGAUCCCUGCACCAGAGGCUGGGAGUGUUUUAAUCUGGGAUUUGAUCGUGCUGGGUUGGGAAGUAAGCUAUAAGGAGGAAUUUAUCCCGCACGAUGAGAAGUCUUAUACCGUUAUCGUUCAAAAGGAAAAGAAAAUGGGGAUUCAGGAAAGCUCAAUUCGGAAUUCAUUCAGGAACAAUGAGCCUGGAAAGAUUGUUCUCAUAAUAGGGAAUGCAGCGUUCAAGACUAAGAAGCGUGCUUUCUAUCGAUUCAAAAUCAAGAAUGAUAGCUCAUCUACCUGACCUCAGGUUUUAAUCAUGAUUCAUAAUUAGUUUUUAAAAUUCAGUAGAUUCAUCACAUUUUCAAGUACUGAGUGAGAUAUGCAAA